UGCAAGGCGAUGGUAAGAUCAACAUGGAAGCGAUUCCGAUGCCAGCGUCCAUCUCGAUGAGCCCACCCGGAGGCCUCUCGCUCCUCGAGCAGGAGGAAGACAACAACGAGGAGAUGACGUCGGCCGAGCUCGACCAGCUCCAGCCGCUCAGCAUGAACGAGCCGCUGCUUCGGCCGUCGCACACACGCCGGACCGGGCGGCCUGCGAACCCUGUAUGGCAGUACUUUCUGCGCGGCGCCAAGCGCAACCGGUUCCACUACCAUGCGUACUGCCGGUACUGCGUUCUCCACUACAAGCAGGCGCACGCAGACAUGGACGACGACGGAGCGAUGGAGCACGUCGACUCGACGCGGGGCGUCCAGUCCGACAUGAUCAAGCACCUCAAGCAGUGCGAGCACUCGCCCUCCAACGUCGUCGAAGAGCUCGAAGCGUACUUGGCCGAGUGCCACCAUCGCGCCAAGACAACGCCCACCGCGGUGAAACGGAAGCAACCGAGCCGCCCCAACCAAGACGCGCCCGAUACGCUGCUGUGGAAGGCGACUGUCUCUGCGAGUCUUCCUCUGCACUGGACUCGCGCGCCUUUGAUCGCGUCGCUCUUAUCCAUCCCGUCGCCGCUCGGGGACAUUGCGACGGUCGCGUCCAGUCUUGCAAAAGCGCAGCUCGACAAGCGUCAACGCGUGGCAGCCGCAGGCGUCGGGGCCCACCUCGUCUCGUUCUCGCUCAUCAACUCGGACGGCGACGCCUGCGCGCUCUCCUUGGUGUCGGUCACCGACUGGACCGUCGCCGAGCUGCAAGCCCACGUGAGCGCUUGUCUCAGCGCGCUGCGCCAGAGCAACGUGUCGAUUAUUGCCAUCGUCGCUGACGCGAUGCUGCCGCUGCAAGCCGCGAUGCGCUUCCAGGCUGCAAGCGCACCUGACCUCCUCGUCUUGCCGUGCCUCCACCACGUGCUCGAUAUGCUCCUUGGCUUCCUCGUCACCGACGAGCGCUACGAAGCUCUUUUGGGCGCGAUGAUGGAGGUCGGGAGCUACCUUCGGCACCCGUCCAUCUCGUUCGUGCCGCCGCCCGUGGCACUGGCCAACGACGUCCACUCGAUCGUCGCGACGCUGGAUGCCUUUGUGCAGCUGGAAGACGCCAUGGCAGACGUCGCGCUACCACCGUCCCUCCGCGCCUAUAUCGACGACCCUGCGACAUGGGGCGCCCUGCGGGCGCUCCUCCAGCGUCUACGACCGCUGCACGCGGCCAUGACCCGCAAGUGUCCAACGCUCACCCACGUCGUGCAUACAUUAGCGUGGCUCUACAGACACUUCGGCGACGACGAAGCCAUGCGACGGCUGCUCGAGAGCUUUUGGCGCUGGUACGACCUCCCGACGAUGGGGCUGGCUUGCAUCUUUAACGUGCAUCUGGAUCUGCAACUCUCGCCCGCCGUGCGCAGCCUCGUGCCGACGUACUUUGAGCUGAUGUACGGUCGCUGGUUCCACGCACCGAUCGCACCGUCGACGAUCGACGAUGUCCUCGCCGCCGUCGACGCCAAGUCGUUCCCGUUUGAUGGGGAUGUCACGCGCGACUACCUCGACGACGUCAGCUCCUUCUACUCGUUUGUCGCCAACUCGCACCCGGAGCUCUGCGCGCUCUGCUGCCGCCUCUUUGCCGUCGCUGUCCACGCAGCGCCCGUGCCACGGCUCUUGCGCCGCGCACCCAUGGACAACACGGACGCCCUCCUUCCGUGGCUGCACAUUGCCUUUGCCGUGAGCGCCACCAAGCCAUCGUCGCCGGUAAUGGCCAAGUCCAAGGACGCGAACCGAUGGCUGCACGCGCAAGAGACGCAGACCCACGGCGUCUUCAGCAAGCGCGAGUGGACCGCGUUUGCGUCGGCGUGGCGGCGCCGACUCGCCGACGAAGUGGCCAUUGCGUCGGUGCCACCGACCGAGGGACCGGCCAGCGCUCCACCCACAAUCAACUCUGCAGUGGAAUGA